UCCCGGGCCCGCACAUGCGCAGUUUGGGGAAAAAGCCAUCUUUUUUAUUAAAGUUCAGCUUUUCACUCUACUGUGCAUGCAUGAAAAACUGAAAGAGAGAGGGGAACGCUCGGCCACGUAUGCCCCAGCCGGGGCAGCUUUCUCCUAAGAGAAGCAUCAGCAAGGGGUUUCAGACCCUCAGGUCAUUGCCUGUGACUGGUAUUAUGCAGUCAAUGAAAAGGCCCACCAUACAGAUGUCUAUGAGAGCGAUGAUCUGGUGCUCAGGAGAGGACAACCUUUCAAGCUUACUCUCAUGCUCAACCGACCUCUACAAGCAGAGGAAAACAUUUUGUUUAUCUUCGAAACAGGUCCAUCCCCAUCAGAGACUUCGAAAACAAAAGUUGUGUUCCCAUUGUUUAGGGCCGAGAAUCUACAAUCAUGGGGAGCCAUUUUGACAUCCAUAAAGUCAACGUCGAUCACAGUGACCAUAAACAGUCAUUCUGAUGCUGUGAUUGGGCGCUAUAUUCUAAGUGUAGCUGUUCAGUGCCGAGGAUCAGACAAGCCACUUCCACAUCAAAUUGGGGCCCUUAAUCUUCUCUUCAAUCCAUGGCUACAAGGAGAUGCAGUGUUCAUGGCUGAAGAGGAUCAGCGUCAGGAAUAUGUUAUGAAUGAACAGGGAGUUAUCUUUCAAGGGAGUGAUGAAGACAUAACAUCUAUUAACUGGGAAUAUAAUCAGUUUGAAAGAAACAUACUUGAUAUUUGCUUGGUUAUCCUGGACCGCAGUCAAAACUAUAAGAAAGACCCUGCUCUGGACGUCUCGCAGAGAAAUGACCCACUGUAUGUGUGCAGAGUUCUCAGUGCUAUGAUGAACAGUAAGGGUGAUGACGGUGUCCUGGAGGAGAACUGGAGUGAUGACUAUAUAAAUGGGGCGAGCCCAUCCAGUUGGAAUGGCAGUAUGAACAUUCUGAAAAGCUGGUAUUACAGUAAAUUCAAACCUGUAAAGUAUGGUCAGUGCUGGGUGUAUGCAGGAAUGCUCUGCACAGUGCUCCGGAGCUUGGGGAUUCCAACAAGGGUAAUAACACACUUCAACUCAGGCCAAGACAAGAACGCCAAUCUGUUCAUUGAUUUACAAUACAAAAGCCAAGGAAGCAGACAAAAUGAUCAAGAGGAUCAGCUGUGGAAUUUCCAUGUUUGGAAUGAGGCCUAUUUCAAACGCAGAGAUUUAGGGAAAUCAUAUAAUGGGUGGCAGGUAAUAGAUUCAACUCCACUAAAAAGAAGUGAUGGAGUUUAUCAAUGUGGCCCAGCUCCUCUAACUGCCAUUAAAGAAGGGGAUAUCAAUCUUAACUAUGAUGUAAAAUACAUGUUUGCGUCAGUCAAUGCCGAUGUUGCCUGCUGGAUCUACUACCGUAAUGGGACAAAGAAACAGGUUUCCAACAAUGCCAAGGAGACCGGCAAAUUUAUUAGCACAAAGGCCAUAGGAAGUAACGACAGAGUGGAUGUCACAAAUAAUUACAAAUAUGCCAAAGGAUCUGAAACGGAAAUAAAAGUCUUUGAAAAGGCUCUGAAGCUGUCUAAAGGUUCCUUCGUGGGAAGGACCAGGGAGAAGCCACGAGGAGGAAAUAUAUUAUUUGGAAGAUGUACACUGGACCAAAUAGCUACUUUUGGCCAAGAUUUUAAUCUUAUACUAAGCCUUAAAAACCUGACUCCUGACAGCAUUAACGUAACUGUGUAUAUAAACACUUCAGCAAUUCUCUACACUGGACGACAGAGACAUACGAUCUGGACAGGUGGAAAGUUUCUCAGCCUAGGUCCUAAUUUAGAAAAACGAUUUUCAAUUCCAGUAAAAUAUGGCCAGUAUAGUAAACAUAUGACUGACAACGGUGUGAUAUGCAUGACAGCCCUAUGUGAGGUGGAGGGGACAGAAGAAAGGAUUUUGGUUGAAAGGAAUGUCUCAUUGGUUAAGCCUCCUCUUAGCAUCACGCUUCCUGAUAAGGCCAUCAUAAACCAAGAAUCCAAUGCAAAUAUUGUGAUUGUCAACCCUUUAUUGGAAACCCUGAACUCCUGCAUUUUGUGGGUUGAAGGAUAUGGCCUAACUGACAAAAUACUUAAGAAAGAGGUCCCGUCGCUCAAACCUGGACAAUCAAGUGAACAUAAUUUUGUGAUCACCCCUAUGAAGACAGGUGUUAGGACGUUGCUUGUGAACUUCUCCUGCGACAAGAUACAAAACAUGAAAGGAUCUGGUAAAAUCCUCAUAACUUACAGUCAGGAAGUCUCAGACAGCCCUGUACCUACUUGAAACUUCCCCAAAACAGCUUUGAAGUGUGUUUACAUUAUUGAUUUAAAAUGAUCUUUUAUGUCAAGUGAGCGAGAUGUACUUUGUUGUCUGUUUAUGUUGUUUCAUUAGUCACUGCAAUACUCUUACUGACGCAAACUCCUAAUUUCACCUCUGUACCACUACAGCAAUCCAACAGCCUCUACCACCUUGCUACAUUUAGUAACUACCACUAGCAAAUAUGCUCAAAUAUCUUCUUGGUGUAUAAGCCAACCAUGCUACUGGGGAGGAGCUACUAGGGGCAUUUUCUGAGGCUCAAAUCUUCACUGCUAAUUUACUGUGGUUGCCUUGGGCUGCAACAAAGCCCUAGAAAAGCCGGGCUGGUACAGAGCCCUAGAACAGCCCUUGAGCCCCUAGGAAAAAAUAUUUUAGAAAUUCUUAAAAAAUGUUGCGCCUACUGGGGGGGGGGGGGGGUUACAGUAACAGCUUGAUCUUGGAUAGUAGAACACUUUGUCCUAGUACUGCUAAUAUCUACCUCUUUUAAACAACUUUGUGAUUUGUAACCUGUUAUUAAUAAAUUAUAAUUAAUUUGUCAUUGCUAAUAUUAUCUUUUAAUUAAAAAUACCCAAUAAUUAUG